AUGGUAGGGAUAUGGGGGACUGGUGGAAUAGGCAAGACAACAAUUGCGAAAGCUGUUUAUAAUUCAAUUGCCUCGAAGUUUGAUGGUAGUUGUUUUUUGGCAAAUGUUAGAGAAAAUUCAAUGACAUGUGGAGGCGUAGUCCAAUUGCAAGAGACUCUUCUAGCUGAAAUUCUAAGGGGCAAAGGGUUGAAGGUCUCUAGUGUUGAUAGAGGAGUUGAGCUGAUAAAGAAGAGGCUGUGCAAUAAAAAGGUUCUCUUAAUUCUGGAUGAUGUGGACCAAUUGGAACAGUUAAACAAAUUAGCUCGAGGGUCCGAUUGGUUUGGAUCGGGCAGUAGAAUUAUCAUAACAACAAGAGAUAAGCAUUUGCUGACUGCUCAUCAAGUUCAUUUUGUAUACGAGGUCAAGGUAUUAGAUGAUCAAAAAGCUCUUGAGUUGUUCAGUUGGAAUGCAUUCAAAACAAGUCAACCCCCAAAUGGUUAUGUGGAACUCGCUAGAUGUGCAGUACACUAUGUUCAAGGCCUCCCAUUGGCUCUGAUAGUUUUGGGUUCUCAUUUGUGUGGCAGAAGUGCAGAUCAAUGGCUAGGGACAAUAGAUAGUUACAAAAGAGCUUCUAACAAACAGAUACAUGAAAUACUCAAAAUAAGUUAUUCUGGAUUGGAAGAUCUUGUGAAAGAAGUUUUCCUUGACAUUGCAUGUUUCUUCAGAGGUAAAGAUGUAGCCUACGUAACAGAAAUUUUACAAUGUUGUGACCUCAACCCUAUGAUUGGCAUUCAAAUACUUGAAGAAAAGGCUCUCAUAACCAUAGAUGGAACUCAGAUUCUGAUGCAUGACUUGCUAGAAGAAAUGGGUAAAGAAAUAGUUCGCCAAGAAUUGCCAAAUGAACCUGGAAAGCGUAGCAGAUUGUGGUUCCACGAGGAUGUUUAUCGUGUGCUAACUGAAAAUACUGGAACAAAUACAGUCAAAGGAAUUAUGGUAAAGGUGCCUGAACCAUAUAAUCAGAUCUGCUUGAAUGCUAAAAGCUUCUCAAAGAUGAAAAAUCGAGAUUCUUUCUGA